AUGCCGGAGUGGGUCACGCAGGAGUGGGCGCGCGAGCGGGCUCCCCAUGUUCGGGAGGCGGGAGCGCUCGGGCUACGUGGCGACGCCGUGGCGCGCAACUCGUCGGAGGGCCACUUCUACGGUAGCUGCCACCUGGGUUGCCCCACCAGCGAGAAGCGUGGCACCGACACGACGUGGCUCGUCGACGCCGUCGCGCGCGGCGCGGUCACACUGACAGGCUGCAAGGCCGAGCGUUUUGUACUCAAGAGCAAUCCCGGCGGCGAGAACGUCCGGAGCAAGAAGUGCGUGGGCCUGGUGGCGGCGUGCAUGAGCGACGGCAUCACCAAGAAGUUGCGCAUAGAGGCCAAGGUUUCCAUCUCGGCGUGUGGCGCGCUCAUGACGCCGCCUCUCCUCCGCAACAGCGGGCUCAAGAACAGGCACAUCGGCCGCAACCUUCACCUGCACCCGGUGUCUAUGGCGUGGGGCUACUUCCCGGACGGCACGCCGGAGGCAGCUGCAGAGCUCAGUGGCAAGUGCUACGAGGGCGGCAUCAUCACGACCAUGCACCGCGUCACCGCCCGCACCAUCAUCCAGACACCCGCGCUGGGGCCCCGGUGCUGGGCUUCGCUGAUCCCCUGGGAGUCCGGCCGCGACAUGAAGGAGCGCAUGCUCCGGUACGCGCGCACCGCGCACGCCUUCGCCCUGGUCCGCGACCGCGGCGCGGGGCACGUGGACGGUGAGGGCCGCGUGCGCUGCGCCCCGAGCCGGGAAGACGUGGAGGAACUCCGCAACGGGCUGCGCCAGGCGCUGCGCAUCCUGGUGGCCGCUGGAGCGGCCGAGGUGGGCACCCACCGCAGCGACGGGCUCCGGCUGCGGUGCGACGGCGGCCUCCGCGACGAGGACCUGGAGGCGUUCCUCAACGAGGUGACCGUAGGGAAAGGCCCCAUGCUCCCGGGGCCUGACACGUGGGCGCUCCAUUGCUCGGCUCACCAGAUGGGCAGCUGCCGGAUGGGGUCCAGCCCGAAGGACGGCGCCGUGGAUGGGUGCGGCGAGAGCUGGGAGGCGGAGGGGCUGUACGUGUGCGACGGCAGCCUGCUGCCCACGGCGGUGGGCGUCAACCGCGUACUGCGUCUCCAAGGGCAUCGCCGAGACCCUGGCGCUCGCGUGACGAGAAACAGUAGCCUGCUGCUUGAGACCGUCGGGUCGUGCUCGCAGAGAAAUGGUUGUGUUGUGUGA